UUUCAUAAAACGAAAUAUAACUUAAUAUAAAAAAUUUGACAACGUUGUUAUGUUUUCCUUCCAUAACCCUAUUUUUUUUCUAUGAUGUCAUCAGUUCAAAGUAGAAUCUGUUAUCUCUUGGUAGAGGAAAAUUAGUAGAUUAGUACAGAGAAAAAUUUUGCGAAAUAUUUAUUUUAGUUUAGAUUAUUUGUUUUAUACAGUAUUAAUUAAUUAAUAUACACAAAAACAUGUUUGUAAAGUGUACUUCAUAGGUGUGUGUGGUUAUUUCAUAUUUAUGCUUUGUAUUUUUGGAUACAGGUUAAGAUACAACAAAAAAAUUAAAAUGAGCUUUGGUUCGGAUGUUCCUUGGGGUAUUAGAUUUAUACAGAGAUUUGCUGAUAUUUGCUGUCCUAGGUUUUAUUUCAAUAGGGAAUUAUGUUAUCGAGGAAGCAUCGUAUUUUUAACUUAUAUAUCUUACAUGUGCUAUCAUUUAUCAAGAAAACCCAUUUCAGUUGUGAAAACAGUGUUACAUAGAAACUGCAGUAAGCUAGUACCUCCGGAUUCAAAUGAACCCAGUAAUUGGUGCGAUUGGGCACCAUUCGAUGGUACUGAUGACAGCGCCUCACAGAUGCUAGGGGAGUUGGAUUCCUCCUUUCUUUUUUGUUAUGCUAUUGCUAUGUUCGUUUCUGGUAUUAUAGCUGAGAGGGUGAAUAUAAGGUAUUUUCUCAGCAUUGGUAUGAUAUUGUCAGGCGUUUUUACAUACUUAUUAGGAUUCGCCAAAACUUAUAAUAUACAUAAUCUCUUUUAUUAUGUCAUCGUUCAAGGCAUGGGAGGGAUAUUUCAAACUACAGGAUGGCCUGGAGUAGUAACAGUUAUGAGCAAUUGGUUUGGAAAAAGUAAAAGGGGGUUAAUAUUCGGUUUGUGGAAUUCACACACUUGUAUAGGAAAUAUUUUGGGUACUGCAAUAGCAGCAGAAUAUGUGGAAAAAGAUUGGGCGUUAUCGUUCAUGAUGCCGGGACUUUACAUUGGAAUUGUUGGUUUUGUUGUGUUUUUGUUUUUGGUUGUUAAUCCGAAUGAUGUAGGAUGUGCUUCUCCUGAUAGGGGCGUGGAGAUUCGACCGAAAAGAAACAGCCGGUUGGAAAGUGGGAUAGUUAACGAUUCUUCUGGUUUCGAUUCAGACGUAGAUGAUACUGAAAUUAUUAUAGGAGAACAUGAUAUCCUUACUCGUUCGCGUCAUUCAGCCACAGAUUCCUUAGAAGUUCAACGUAGGGCGACAGAAAAUUCGCUCUUACUACCUAGAUCGAAUUCUGAUUCGAUUCAAGUAGAACAAGAAGCCAUAGGAUUUAUAAAUGCAUUUCGUAUACCGGGUGUUGUAGAAUUUUCAUUAGCUUUGUUUUUUUCAAAGCUAGUUAGCUAUACGUUUUUAUAUUGGCUUCCUUUGUACCUGAACGCAUCUACAUCGAUGGGUGCAACGGACAGUGCAAAUUUCUCCAUAUUAUUCGACGUCGGUGGUAUAAUCGGAGGCAUAAUUGCUGGAUAUGCCACCGAUAAAACAGACAUGCCGGCAGCCACUUGUUCACUAAUGUUAAUUUUAGCAGCUCCUAUGAUGUUUAUCUAUGAAAAAAUUAGUGUUGUACAUCUAGGACUGAACAUGAUUUUGUUAGUAACAGUUGGAGUGUUAGUAAACGGUCCCUACGCCCUUAUAACAACGGCAGUAGCUGCCGAAUUAGGUACACACCAUUCGUUAGAAGGAAACGCUAAAGCCAUGGCUACUGUUACGGCCAUUAUUGAUGGUACUGGAUCUAUCGGUGCUGCUGUGGGUCCUCUAAUGGCGGGAUUCAUCAAGAGCUACGGUUGGCAAAACGUAUUUUUCAUGUUGAUGGUAUCGGAUAUAUGUGCGUUGUUCCUUUUGGUCAGAUUAGUUAGAAGGGAAAUCGUAAAAUUGAGGAAUUCCCGAAGGACUGCCAUACGUAUUGAAUGAUACCGAAAUUUUAGGUAUAUAAUUGAAUGUUAUCCACUUGAACGUUUCUAUCUAGUUACCACAAAACGAUCAAUUUAACUUUCGUUUGUUGUCUUGUCUUGAAUUUUGUAAAAUUCAACAUUUUUUUUUAGUUUAUUUGAUUGAUUUUUUCCAAAAUAUUCCAGAUAAAUGACAAAACUGACAAAAUUUAACAUUAUCUCAUAGAAUAUCAAUUUUUUUAUCAUACUUUUAACAAUUGAAAUGGUUACUGGAAAUGUUUACAAAUCUUUUUCUCUCUGUUCUUGGUAAAGUAUGCGUUCAUAGUCCAAAUUAAAAUUGAAAUUCAGCUAACCGGGGUUGAUUAAAUCUUUUCCUUUUUUAAAUUUUCUGGUUAUUCUAACAAAAUUUGACUUCAAUAGUGGCCUUUUAGGCUUUUUUUUUCGUCCAAAGUACAAUAAUACAUCUUUAGGAUGGGAAAAUUACUCGAAAAAGUAUUUUCCGAUUGAUUCAUUGCGCGGAUUAUUUUAUUGAUAGGGAAAAUCGCUCAAAAUAACAUUUUCACACUGAUUUAUGUUGCAGAUGAGAAAAUCAUUCAAAUAGUCUAUUUUAUAUCGAUUCAUUGUUAUGAAACAUAUAUUAGAAAAAAAGAAUCAUCUAAAAGACACUUUCCCAUUGAUUCAUUGUUCUGACACUUCUAUUGGAUCAGAAAAUGGCCCAAAAACACACUUUUGAACAAAUUUUUUGCAGUAACCCAUUUAUUAGAUCAAAAAACCAUCUAAAAAGACAUUUUUUCUUUGAUUCAUUAUACUAAAACAUUUUUCCACAAUUUUUUUGUGGGACCCAUUUGUUAGAUCAAAAAAUUACUUAAAAUGAUUCUUUCCAUUGAUUCAUAUUGCUAAACCAUCUAUUAAUUUGGAAAAUCUCCACAAAAGACAUUUUUCUACUGAUUUUUUUGCGCCGAAACAUUUGUUAGACCAAAAAAUUUUUAAAAAGACAUUUUUAUUUUGAUUAAUUUACGGAAACUUCUAUUGGAUCAGAAAAUUCCUCCAAAAGGAGGGGUUUCUCAUUGAUGUGUUUUUUUCUUUUAACGGAGUUAUAAACAUAUAUAACUGCUAUAAUUGUUGAGUUACCUCUUAGUUUGGGCCCACUUAAUCUUUUAUUAAUUAUUUUCCCAUUUCUGGGUAUUUAGAUAUGUAAUACACAAUUUUUUUAAUCAGAAGCUCAAGUAAUUUACAUAAGAAACGUUUUUAUCACAUACAAUUGAUAAUCUCUGUAUUUUUUAUAGAUUUUCUUUAUUUCAAUUCAAAACUGGUACUCUUCAUAUAUAAAUAUGAUCCAAACGAAAGCAUUUUUAAAUUUUGUGGAGCAGACAUUUUCCACAGAAUAUGUUGAUUAAUAAAUCAUACAGCAUUCCGGAUAUCUAGUACUCCCUAUAUUCAAUGUAAUUAUUACAGUUUUUACACAUUGUUUUUUUGUCACUAUCAACUAAUUAUUACAAAAGACUCACUUUAAAAAACAAACGUACUGUGAUAAAAUAUUAUUUAACAAUGAUAAAUGUAUUUUUUGAUAGAAAUAAAUAUCAAAAUUGAA